UGAGAAGUGAGGAGCGCUGGACCGAGGAGGAAGCAGUGCGCAGGCGGAACCACAGAGAGGAGGUCGUGACGAGGAGGGAAAUUUAAAAAGUGCGGACUGCCGCUGACAGCACAAACUGACAACCGAGGGUUAGCGAGUCCGUUAGCGACAGAAAAACAAUUCACAGCUCACACAAGCUGCCUGGAAACACAAGAGAAGAACACGUGGUUGGUCUGUAAACGAGUAUGAACGCCUCGCCCUCAGAAUGGAGACUUAUAUCGACCAGAUUUUAGACUCACCCUCCAAAAACAGUUACAUUGGGAGCUAUUACCAGCCUCCAGACAGGAUAGUGCCUGUACCAAGACAGCUGGAGUUCUCUGCCCCCUCAGCCUUCAGCAGGGACCCACAGAUCACCAGUCCGCAGGGGUCUCAGACCAACCCUAACAUCGACAGCAAAGCUGUUGUUGAUGCACUGAAAACCCUCCAGGAGAAAAUUCGGCGAUUGGAGCUUGAGAGGAAAGAUGCAGAGAAGAGCUACCAGCAGUUCUCCCAUGAUAUUCAAAAGCAGCAGCAGCAGGAUAAAGCAUCUUACACCACGUCCAAUCAAGGAGCAGCUGGUCUGCCUGAGACCAAUAACUCUGGCAGGCGAGAGCUGGACUCAAAACUGCAGUCUGCAGAGGCUCGCUGUAAGAGUCUUGAGAAGCAGCUGGACUACAUGAGGAAGAUGGUGGAAAAGGCUAAGAAAGAGAGGAAUGUUGUCAUAGAGAAUCAGGCUUCACUGCAGAACGAGCAGCCGAGCAGCUCAAACACCCAAACUCAGCAGGAGAAGCUGGAGAAACUCGAAUCUGAGUAUCUCAAAUUGAGUAGAACCCAAACAGUGGCAGAGAUGAAACUUGCCAUUCUGGAGCAAAGACUACUGAAAGAAGAGCAGGAGCGUAAACUUGUGCAGGAGAAAGCGGACGAGCUGCAGAGGGAACUAAACUUCAGCCUUCAAUUGUCUGUGCCAACUAAUGAAGAGAUUAAGCCAAAGAAAAGGACCAAAAAGACCAUCAAGAAAACCCCUAAACAGAAUGAGCUGUCAUCACCAAGUGGCCUAAUCCGCAAAAAAAUGCCCUUUGUUGCAGGAACAUCAAUUAGCCCGAGCCAUUCUGUCCACGCCAAUGUGCAGAGUAUCCUCCACAUGAUGAAGCACCACCAGCCCCAGCUGUGUGAGCGAGUUAGUGCUCUGCAAAGGUCCAGCUGUGGAGCCAAGAAAAGCCUCCAAAAGGACUUUGCUUCAUCUUCCGACAGCCUGUCUGAGCAAACAGAUCAGUCACUUGGCUCACUGUCAGACCUGCUGUUGGCUCUGCAGGACGAGCUAGGACAGAUGAGCUUUGAGCAUCAGGAUUUGGUGCGUCAGAUCGACAACACCCGAAAUCGGGAGCAAAGGCAGGAACUGCAGAGCGAACUGGAGAGGCUGGUGGCCAGGAUGGAUGAGAAGGGAGUCCAGAUCACGAAGCUCCGCAAACACCAGCAGACAGUGCACAAAUUGACCCAGAGUCAGUCACAUGCUGAGGAAUACGCGGCCAAGAAGUCGCCACCUGCUCCUUCUCUUGUUAAGGCUAAACAAAAGAGAAAGAAAGGUGGGGCCAAUAACAACAACCUGCAGCUUCUCCGAGACACCCAGAAAUUCAGGAGCCGCCUCAAACAAGACGACCUCUCCUGGGAAACGUGAGAUUCUCUGCAAGACUGUUCUGUGUGCAGGCUUUGAUCCUACAGCUGGACGAACAACACAUGCCCCCUUUGGUUCUUUUGGGUUUGUUUUCCUCCUUUGUUCAAAUGAAACAAACGAAAGGAGUAGGAAUAAACACUUUUACACAGGUAAUGAUAAUGUGUUGAUCAUAAAACAACACACACAAUAAGCAUUUGAUUCAAAAGACACCUUGCACAUACGGCGUCCUGCAUAAGUAGAGGUAGUUAAUCAUCGUGACUUUCACCGAUUAAAUAAUGAUGAAGUUUAUCUUGUCUCAAAUGAAGCUGGGUUAAUCUAUUUUAAUGAUUUAGAUUUUUAAUAAAGUUUAUACUCUUUUACAUAA